AGAACUAUCACGAUGAGAACUCAACUCGCUGUUAUUUUGCUGACAUCUGCAUUCCUAUUGCUACUACUACAAAAAUCUGUUGGAGAUGAAAACCGUGAGCAAAAAGAACUAGUACGGUUCCCAACUGCUGCUAUUUCGCCACUGAUUCAUCAUUUAAGUGUUGGGCAUCGCGGUGGACGCGGUUGUGGACGAAAUCGCACAACCACAGCCGUACCGCCAGCACCACCAGUUCCUACAGGUGCAGCAACAGCAACAACCGGAGCUAUAGUACCUAGAUCGGGUGCAGCACCCACAGCGGCUACCAGUUCCGGCUAAUGAUGAAGAGACAUUUCUAGUAUUGCUAUCAGAAGUUGUUUUUUUUUUAUAUGAAUAAAAAAAAUUAAAAU